GCUGCUUGGAAGAAAAACCCUGGAGUUUUAACUUUCCUCCUCCAUUGUCCUUAACGCCUCUGGAGAGCAGCUGCAAGGAAGAUUGAGGAGUCAGAUGAUCAGCAGAACUCUGUAAACAGAGGCCGACUCAGGAAAUGUUGGGUUGCUCGGCGGACAACGGAGAGAUGCAGGAAAGACGAAAGGACGAUGAAAGUCGCACGGACAAUGGGAACUUGCCAGAACUUUGUUGUGGAGUGAGGAAGGACGCUGAGGACCAGGCAGAUGAGAAGUCUGGAUGUUCGGAAAGUCCAUCUUGGCAGCCUCAGGAAUCUGAUUGCCUCCCUUCCGUCUUUCUGGCAGCCUUCCUGGCUCUCGUCUUUGUCUCUGUGUCAAUGGUCCUACUUUGUCAUGAGACUGUCCACUUUCCUUUGGCCUCGAGUCCCAAUACUGUUCAUCUGCCCGAGGAAGAUUUCCAAUCUCUUCAUCUCUUUUUCCCAAACCAACCGGAAUCAACCUGGAGAACAAUCCAGCGAUACGUUUGCCACCCGUCGGGGAAGUCUCAUCUGGAGGAACCUUGGAUCCUGGUUGGGAUUGGCCCAGGAGAUACAAGCUGGACCCUUCUCUGCUUCACAAAAAGGAUGCUCUCCUUGCUGACUCGGCAAAAAUCCAUCGGCGUCGAGUUUCUGGACUCAACCAGCCCUUGGCUUCCUCCGAUGGGUCCUUCUGAAAAUAGGACCUGGUUGAUCAGUAGCGUGAAGGUUCUUUGGGGAGGAAAGGGUGCCCCGAGUGGAUUGGUGGUGUCGUUGCAAAGUCCCCUGGGUGGAAAAGGAGAGGUCACCAAGAACGCAUUUGCCCUCGUGGGGAACGGUGAGGAGCAGAUUCAGGAGAGGUUCCUGCUGCAAAGACUGACUCCGUUGUUGAUCUCAAGAAUUUUGAGUUUGAGUUCCGAUAGGAGACCGAAGGAGAUGAUGAUUGACCACGAGGACUUUCUUGUCCUCUUCGUCACACCCGAGCAAUAUUUGGAAAGUGGGUUGGUUUGUUGAAGGAGGCUUGUGUUGUAUCUGCCGUCCUUCCUCUGAGAGGCGUCUUCUAAUCACUUGGGCACAGGUAGAAUGAAAGGAGGUAGAACGUCAGUCAAAUUUACCUGGGAAGUGAGAAAAUUGCUACGAUUUCUGAAGGGACAAGGGUGAAGAUCAGUGUUGGGAAAUUCGGGCAAGGGAAAUAAAGAUCUGCACGUAGAAAUCCUGA